AUGACAGAAGACAAACCCACAAGUGAGAACCAUGAACCUGAAACUGGUGAGGAAACAAAAACCACAGUACCACCAGAGGACCCUGAGGUAAACCCCAAGGAGAUGAUCUUCAACAAGGCAGAGGAGCCUGAGAUAAAUCCUCAAAAGGUCUCAACCAAGGCAGAAGAAUCUGAGGAGAAAAUAAGCCAUGAGGAGAGCCGCGUAACUGAGGCAGAAAAGGCUGAAGUAAAAGUAAACCAAGAAGAAAAAAGCUUUACUGAGGCAGGAGAGCCUGAGGUAAACCCUUGUGAGAUGAACUCUACCACAGUGGAGGUGGUGACGACAGAGAACAGGGUAGAUGAGGAAAGUCAGCAGGCUGCAGUGCAGAAAGAGCCCGAGUUUGAAUACCUUGAGGGCGGCUGGGGCUGGGUGGUCAUGCUUUCCUCCAUGUGGUGCAUUGGAUCAGUGUUUGGAAUCCAAAACACUUUUGGGAUCUUAUUCGUGUCCUUGCUGAAGGAGUUUGGCUCUGAAACCGAUGAAGACCUGCGCUUCAGGACAGCGUGGGUGGGCUCUCUGUCCAUAGGGAUGAUAUUUUUUUGCUGUCCGAUCGUCAGUGUGUUUACGGAUGUGUUUGGCUGCAGGAUUACGGCGGUAAGCGGCGCUGCAGUUGGACUUGUGGGCCUCUUAGCAAGUUCAUUUGUUAAGUCUCUUGGCCUUAUGUACUUCACAUAUGGUGUGGUUCUUGCAUACGGCUGUUCAUUUGCUUAUCAGCCAAGCCUGAUCAUUCUGGGACAUUACUUUAAGAAGCGUUUGGGUUUGGUGAAUGGCAUUGUGACGGCGGGGUGUAGUGUCUUUACCGUGUCGCUGUCCCUCCUGCUCCCACCUCUGCUGACCCGCCUCGGCCUGCACAACACUCUCCGUGUCCUCUGCAUCCUGCUGUUCGUGCUCGUGCUGGCUGGAUUCACCUACAAGCCCCGCCUCCCUCAAAGGGUGGAGUCAAAAAAGGCCUUGUUAAAGAGGAUCUGUAAUGUCCAGAUCUGGAGGAGUCUGAGUUACAGGAUCUGGGCCUUUGGAAUUCCGGUCACACUGUUUGGAUACUACGUCCCCUAUGUCCACCUGAUGAAGUAUGUAGAAGAGCAUUUCCCCAGUGCGAAUCAGGAGUUGUUACUGGUGUGUCUCGGUGCUGCGUCUGGUGUGGGACGUCUCGUCUUUGGCCGUGUGACUGAUUACAUCCCUGGAGGGUACAAAGUCUUAAUGCAGGCGGUAUCCGUCAUGGUGCUUGGCGUGAUGACGAUGCUGAUCCCGGUGUGUAACGUGUUCGGCGGUCUGAUCGCUGUGUGUCUGCUGAUGGGACUGUGUGACGGCUGUUUCUUCAGCACCAUGGCUCCCAUCGCCUUCGAGCUCGUCGGCUCUGAGAAAGCCUCUCAGGCCCUCGGCUUCGUUCUGGGCAUGAUAUCUGUGCCCAUGACCGUGGGUCCUCCUAUUGCAGGUCUUCUCCAUGAUCGCCUGGGCAGUUAUGAGUUGGCCUUCUACCUGGCGGGAAUCCCUGCUCUGAUUGGUGGAUCUGUGUUGUGUGUGGUCCCAGGGUUGGAGUGGAGGAAGAGGAGGAAUAAGAGGAAGAAUGAAACUGACAACAGUACGGCACAGGGAUAA